AUAAUGACGGAUGAGGAACACAUGAGUGAGCGAUCUUCCAUGUCAUCUAAAUGGAGAAGGAGACUUUCUAACAGCGGCAAGACGUUUGUAUAAAUAGGACCAGUACGACAGUUAAGACAGGAUAUACCACUAUUGUAGUCGUUCGAGUUGGUCACAUACAAAACCAUUUCCAGUUUCCUCUUUACAGUUUUAGUCGAACCUCUUUCCGGGAUUUUUGUCAAGAAGUCUCGCCCGUUUGAGAAGAUGCGGGGUUUAGUUUGUGUGUUGGUGUGUCUAGCGGCUCUGGCUGAUCAGACUCAAGGGCAGGUUGGACAACCGGUGCCAACUGGUGGCCAGCCCAGUGGACAACCGGUUACUCCUACAGGUGGACAACCAGUUACUCCAACAGGAGGACAAACGGGAACACCCUUUGGAACGACAGGACAACCAGGUACUACUGGAAUGCCAGGACAAACGGGAAUGCCGGGACAACCAGGACGUCCAGGACAACCAGGAAUGCCAGGACAACCCGGUGUGCCAGGAGUACCCGGUGGGCAACCAGGACAACCUUUACAACCUCACGGCCACACGCCCCCAAACCACCCCAUCACAGCUGGUCCCAAUCUUAAUGGCCCCGGAAAAUGUCGCCCGAAGUGGACUGAAUACAAAGGCCACUGCUAUCUUUAUUCAAGUGGCGCAGUCGAGCAGGUAGGGAAUCCUGUGACACAUCUUGGUGUCAACGCACAAGAAGGAAAGACCCAGGAUGCGGCCAACCUGUUCUGUGCUUCUCAGCAGCUUGGCGCUACACUGGUGACACUCAAUGAUGUAGAGGAGAACGACUUUCUCUAUAGCUGGGCUGUAGACAUGAUGGUUGAACCAGUCCCGGUGUGGAUCGGUCUCCAUGCCCACCCUACCCCGACCGGGUAUGCGUGGCAGUGGUUCGACGAGAAAGAGCCAGUCCUCUUCACCAACUGGGAUCGCCUUCCUGCACCUGUGGUCAGGGCUGGUUUAGGAGCAGUGCUGUUCGAUGCUGACUUAACUGUGGUACCACCCAAUGCAAUCGAAAUCAGCGGAAAAUGGCUUCCGGUCGAAGGAUUAGGACCGCAAGCUGAGCCUCUAGGGUUGAUCUGCGAGUAUUCCCUGCAUGCUGGUCAUAUCCACACACCAACCGGAACCACCAACGGUUAUGGGACAACUAAACUGCCAGCAACACCCUUCCAGCCUGUCUUGCUCAAAAACAAUCCUGCUAACCUAAGAGAUAUUCUGAGAGGAGGACCUUUCGGAGGAUCACAGCUCCAUGAGGUACCACGAAAACCUGCCAGCUAUAGGAAGAACCCCUACUUCGCUGUCCAGCCAUAACUGCAUCUUAAGCUGAACUAUUUUAUUUCCAGAUUUCUCCAUUCAUACCGAGGACACCAAACCGGUGAUAGCCCGAAUUAUGAAUGACCUGUCCGUGAAUGGUCAACAUUAUGGGUUGGUUUGGAGUCGGUUGAGAAUGAUUCCCUCUUUAACUUUCUGUUAACACUUCAACGGGAGUCGUAACACUUCCCAGGUACAAUCUGUUAUUAAGCUAUCGUAGAGGGCGUCGUGCAAAGCACUGUAAGAAGGCAUGUCUUUGCUUUUAAGGGUACUGUGUAUAAAGCCGUUAAAAACAAAAGCAAUUGCGACUGUCACACGAGCACCGGAGUCCAUUGAUGAUGUUUGCGAUAAAUUGUUUUCUUAAAGCUACUACCUUGCUGUAUACUGCAUUUGACAUUUACACCCUUUAUCUCAAUUGUAAGGCAAAAUUGUAUAGCUGUGUUCUCUCAUAAAAGCAAUUUCUGUCCUGUAUGCAGAAGAUGUCAUAUGACACUAUUCAUGUGACAAUUUUAAUAUUUGUGUCAAUUAAUGCGCUGUAACGUGCGUGAUCUAUACGUUGUAUCAUUACUUCUUUGUAAAUUGCAUUAUGAAGUAAAAAUUAAAGAAUUAUUUCAGA